UAUAUAUAUUCCCGCAAUAUCUGAAUCAGCUGUGAGGUAAAGCAACAAAGCCAAAAGCCAAAACAAAACCAGGGUGUUGAUAUUAUUAAUUCGAUGGACACAAGGCAAGAAGAAUCUCAAGGUGACACUAACGGAGUAAGUGAAGAGGUUCUACUUCCACCUCUAAACUUGCUUUUUACACCAACUCCGGAAUUGAUCGCCUUGAUUGAAAUCGCACUGCAACGAGACUACUCAAGUCCUCAUCAACAAAACGUUCAUUACACCACAGAGCACCCAAAGACCUUAAUAACACCUUCUCAAACUCCUGUAAAUCACGAAACACCAAAGGCUGUGCAACAAGACUACUCAAGUCCUCAUCAACAGAACUUUUAUUACACCACAGAGCACCCAAGGACCUUAACACCUUCUAAGGCUCCUGCAAAUCACGAAAAACCAAAGGCUGUGAAUUCUCAAAUCUACAAGAUCACAAUUGGUCGAUGGACUCACGUGCGGGUCUACCCAGAUGAUAUCAAGGCGAAGUUCUAUUUUGCAAAGAAGAGAAUUAUCUGGGAGUUUCUAGACGAUGUAGAAACAGGAACACAAGUGGAGAGGCUGAAGAGAAAGAUUGAGAUUCAAUGGUCUGAUGUCUUGUCUUUCAGAGCAACUUAUAAUUCAAAUGAUGGAACCGGAAAACUAGAAGUCGAGUUGGGACAACGUCCAACGUUCUUCAUAGAGACUAAUCCACAGAGAGGAAAACACACUCAAUGGAAUAUGGAUCAAGAUUUCACCUUAGAUCAGUCUGCCUCUAUAUACAGGAGACAUACACUUCAUUUUUUUCCUGGAGAUUUGAAAAAGACCAUGGACAAGCUUGCGUCCGGAGAUAGCUUCUGGUCAAAACUGGCCAAAGUCAGUUUCCCAACUCUACAGUCUCCUUAUUUCGAUUUUGGAUUUGGAGACAGAAACGACGGCUCUGGAGACAGCAACAACUAUGCUGCCAUCACCUUGUCUCACCACGGACACCAUCAAACAGUUAGCGUGGACGAAGACGACGACGAAGAUAAUGACAUUCUUUAUUACUAUCCUCCAGGAUUUGGCCAGUUGCCUGAGCCUGAUGGAAACGUAAACUUUAACAUACCAACUCAGUUCUGCCCUAAUGAUGGGAGACAAAUGAACUCAUUUGUUAAAGACAUUCAAUUACCUGGGACGCAAGUUAUCCAACCAUCCUAUCAGUUGAUCGGGGGAAGGUAUGUUAGCGGUCCACAGUUUAGCAAUCCGAUGAUCCAAACGAGAAACGCAAUGGAGUUAGGAGGAUAUCAAGAGUAUGCACAAGCAUUACGUGAGACACAAGCUGACUACAUGAGGUUUCAGAUGGACCCGUAUCUACAAGACUGGUUAGCUCAAGAAGGAGAGACACAGAGCGUUGAACACAUAACUCCUGAUGGUAACUUUUGUACCAACAGCAUAUGUUAUUGUGGUCAAUGCCUCAUCAACAAUUGUUAUAAUACCUACUGAUUUUUUGAUGACAUAAGUAUGUAUAUCACUAAAGGUGUAGCUUUCUCUUUCUCUGCUACAUCUUCUCAAUAAUUCUUGGUUUUUUUUUUUCAAAUACCUCUUGGGGUCUUGUAUUGCAGUCUUUCAG